AUGGGGCUGUUCAAUGUCUCACACCCCACUGUGUUCCUCCUGACAGGGAUCCCUGGCCUGGAGAGCUCUCAGGAGUGGUUGGCUGGGCCUCUCUGCGUGAUGUACAUAGUGGCUCUUGGGGGCAAUGUGAUGAUCCUGUUGGCUGUGCGGGGGGAGUCCAGCCUCCAUGCACCAAUGUACUAUUUCCUGUCCAUGCUUUCCUUCAGCGAUGUGGCCAUGUCCCUGGCUACACUUCCCACUGUAUUCAGGACCUUCUGCCUCAAUGCCAGGACCAUUGUUUUUGAUGUCUGUCUCAUUCAGAUGUUCCUCAUUCACUCAUUCUCCAUGAUGGAGUCUGGCAUUCUGCUGGCCAUGAGUUUUGAUCGCUAUGUAGCUAUCUGCAACCCACUGCGGUACGCCUCUGUUCUCACUAACCAGGUCAUUGUCGGGAUGGGUCUGGCUGUGACAGCCCGGAGCUUCACAACCCUCUUUCCCUUGCCUUUUCUCAUAAAGAGGCUGCCCAUUUGCAGGUCCAAUGUGCUCUCCCAUUCCUAUUGCCUGCACCCAGACAUGAUGAAGUUAGCCUGCGCUGAUAUUACUGUCAACAGCAUUUACGGAAUGUUUGUGCUUGUGUCUACUUUUGGCCUGGACCUCCUCUUUAUCAUCCUCUCCUACGUGCUGAUCCUUCGCUCUGUGCUGGCCAUUGCCUCCCGGGAGGAGAGGCUCAAGGCUCUCAACACCUGUGUGUCCCACAUCUGUGCUGUGCUCAUCUUCUACAUACCCAUGAUUGGCGUCUCCACCGUGCAUCGCUUCGGCAAACAUGCUCCUCGGUAUGUGCACGUGCUCAUGUCGAAUAUCUACCUCUUCGUGCCCCCUGUUCUCAACCCCAUUAUCUACAGUGCCAAGACAAAGGAGAUCCGCCGAAGUAUUGUCCGCAUGUUCCACCGACUAGCCAACUAG